AUGCCGUCUGCAGUAGCCAAAUACAGUGACAAGACAUUGGACUUGCGUCAAUUGCAGCCCACGCAUUUGGUGACAUUUGAUGUCGUUUUAAGAGCGGUGACUUUUGAGUCGCCAGAGUCGGUGAUACUCAACUCAUUAGACCCAUUCCUCUUACAAUGUCGGGACUUGUUGGUUAACCCUGAUCCCUUUUCAGCAGCAUCAGACAAGUCUGAACCAACAAGCAAGGGAACCAAAGAUAUUGUGAUACGUAACAUUUUGUACAGUGGAAUCACCGAUACCCAAAUUGAAGAUGCCAAUAAGCUAGCCACAAUGUUUAGUCUUGAUCCCAUGGAGACAUUGAGAAUAGUUGUUCAAACAUGUGAACGGAUCCCCAGCAAACACGAUCCUCAAGUUAAGAAGUUGAAGUCCAAACUUCCUGAUGACCGACAAAGAUGUCUACGGGAAGAGAGACUCUAUAUAUAUGCCAAGAUGAUCUUUCAAGAGAGACGAACAGUGAUUCAGUUGGUCAUGGAAAUGUUGAACAACAAGAAUAACCUGGACACCACGUCCACCGUCCGAAACUUGGGAAGAGUAUUAUAUUCAUCAGUAGAUUACAUGACCAAGAUCAUGGACAAAUUGAAUGACACUUUCCAACUGUUGAUGGUGGGUGAUUUCGAACCCAUGGAUACCCUUCAAGAGUUUGCCACUUCAGAAUAUGAUUUUGAAGGUCUUUACUACAAGGAGAAGCUACUUUAUACUGUUGACUUGCUUCGGACACUAGUUGAACUUUUGUUCAGAAACCCAGAGCUUAAUAAUGAAGUUGUCGUGAAAUGGCUCAACUUGAUGGCAUUGACUUCGUUUAUGUCUGAGGUCAAUUCUCAUUUGGAUCUCCAUGAAACGUUCACAAUAAUGCGUUCCUUAUCAACAUUAAUAACUAUCCUUGUUCUUGAUGUUGAAAAUGAUGAUCCUUGCUAUGGUAGUGAUUCGACAACUUUUUCACAAAUCAAUAAAAUUAUUAUUGAUACUUCAAACACCAAUGCUAUUUCAUUAUAUUGUUGGUCUUUGAUCUUAUUGCGGAAAUAUUAUAAUGUGAAGGUCCCCAACGAGUCGUCAUUCAUAUUAACUGAAACAGAGCUUGCAAUGCAUAUCAACGACUUGAACGCAAGAUGCAUCUCCUUGAACAUAUUCAAGAGUUUCAACGACUUGGUGGGAAUACUAAAAAAUGAGUUCAUCUACACAGCUAUCAUAUCAAGUGUAUUGUAUGCUGCUUUACCCGUGAUCCCAAUAUCAAAUGAAACGGUUUCCUUGAUUGUUCAUGUAUUAAAAUAUUGUCAUAAUGUUGUUGUCGAGAGAUUCUUCAAUAAUCCUGAUUUUGAGAAGUUUUUAGUGGUUGCAAGAACCAAAUUCCCCAUGGCAUUAUCUCCUUGGCUUAAACUUGCAAGUAUUAAUGGACAAUUUGCAUUACAUGAAUUCGAUGAAUUGAAAUCACUCAUGACAAAUAUGAAACUGUCGGAUAUAAGUGCUAUUUAUAAUAUUGACAAUGAAAACAGUGAAUUGGUGACUGUUAAUAAAGUUGUGGAUAUUUAUCCGCCCUUUGAAACCAAUAAAAAGCUUUCAUUGAUGAUAAAUGCCAAUACAAAGGCUAAACUUUUACCCUCAUCUACAGAUGAAGAUGAAGAGUUGGUGACUUUCUUACAUAAAUAUGAUGGUUGGACAUUUGUGGGUAGAAUAUUAGAAAACUUAAGCAAAUGCUUUGAUGCUACAGACUUGGAAAAGUCAGAGGCCACACGUGAUAUUAUCAAUUUGUUCCAAAGUGUUUUGGUUAAUAGCACUAUUUCCGAGGGACGUUCAGUAAUAGAAAGAGCUUCAGCAUAUACAGAUAAUUCUGAUAUCAUUGAUAUUAUCUUUAGAAUAUUUGAACAAAGUUUGCAUGCUCGAUCAAUUCAAAUAUUGGUAGGAAUAUUCUCCUUGUUGUCAGCAUUAUUGCCUAUAAUGUCAGACAGAGUGUUCCCAUAUUUAUACAAAUCGUCAUUGUUUUCCCAUAAUGAUAAGGAAGGAAUGGCCUCCAACAUAUUUGCAGCAAUUGAAUUAGUCAAUGGAGACUAUCCUUUCUCCGAAGAGUUGAUUUCAUUCACAAAGAAUUUGAUUAUCCAUACAUUUAAAAUCGGAGAUUCCUUGUCGAAAAUGAAAAGUACUGUUAUAAAAGUUUUUAUUGAGCAUCUCCUUGCCUUAUUUGAAGGGUUUGUUCAUUGCCGAUUCUUGUAUGUAAAUCAAAUGAUGCGUAUGGGUUCCAAAAUAUUGGAUAUUUUUGCUAUCUUGGUAACUUCAGUCCACGGAAUUGAUAAGAGAGUUAACUCCUACGUGAGCGAUAUCUUUAGUGAUUCCGUUCAAAGAAUAGUGGAAUCAUUUUUAGUAUUCUCUAAUGAUUAUUCAAGAACUGCAGUACCUUUAUUAAAGGUAAUUGAAUCAUUACCUACAGAAUACAUUGAAUAUAAAUUGAAUGAUAUUUCUGAUCUUCAUGAUGAAUGGAUAGCAAUUUCCUUGAGGUUUUCAUCAUUGAUUAUUGACAUCAGAAGUUUGAAUGAUUUACCACCUUCAGUAUUUGAGAAACAAUUGUUCACCAAGUCAUCAUUGCUAGUGAGUGCAUACGCUCAAUACGAAAACAUAAGAUACCCUAUACUUCAACUUAUUUCAUCAAUGGUUUCUUCCAAAUGGCCAGAGGAAAAUACUCCAUCAUUACUUUCGUAUUUGGGAGCAGAUCAUGCUCGAAUCUUGCAUUAUUCCAUUGCAGCAGAUUUAAUGGAUUCAUUUGUUGGUUCUCAGUUAAAAUUAGGGAUUUUUGACUUCAUUUGUGCUGUGUUAAAGGGGAAGCAGGAAGGAUUAACGGUAUUAUUUAUGAGCAACAAGGAUAUUUUUGAAAGCUUAGAGUCGUCAAAGAAUGAUGCAUCAACUUCCACUUCUGCUUGUGCUUCACAUUCUUUACUUGAGUUGAUGAAGAAAAAUAUAACGGAAAUGGAAUUCAACUCCAAUGUGGUAAACUUUCAUUUUGCUGAUGCUUUAUCUCUUGCAUUGAAUACCUGGACAUCAAUUUCGGAAAUUGAUAACGAUACCAACACGGUGGAGGCAUUGAUUAACAGACUCCAAUUGGUUUCCAAUAUUGAUCUUCAUAGUUCUAAAGAUUAUGUUGAAAAUUGUUACCGGUUGAAAUUAGGUUCUAAAUUGGCCAAUAUCCUAGCGCUUGUGUUAUUUUCAACCCAAAACGAAGCUUGUAGGAGUUUAUUGUCAAAAGUUCUUACGUCUCCCGAGUUUAUCAAGCUUUUGCAUACCCGUUUUGAGAUUGUUGACAUUGGCUCAAGAGUCCAACCUGAAGUUGAAGCUGAAUUUCAAACUGCAUUCCCUGGGUUCAGCUUGGAUCAAUUUGUUAAUGUGUUUCAAUUGCGAAAUAGGUUCUCAAUGGAUUCUGUUUAUGAUUUGCGUCUCAUGGACAGAAUGUUCGAAGAUAAAGAAGGCUGGAAACAUAUCAGAGAGAAGGUAGUCGCAGCCAGUGUUGAUUGGCAAUUGAUAGAUGCUCAAGUAGCAUCUACAAAAUCGUUUGGUGCACUUUUAACAGCAUUCUGCAGAGUCAAGACUGAUAAUCUUGAUACUCAGUUUUUGAAUACUGCAACAUACUUGUUGAAAUUGAAUGUCAUUGAAGAAUCUCUUUCAGCUCCAGUGUAUGAAGAACGGAAUGAAUUAGCAUUUUUCAUAUGUUACUCAAUUUUCAAUGGGAAAACUGGUGAUAAUUGUGUCAAUGAAGCCUUUAAGAUCCUUGAAGUAUGUUCAGACCUUUUGUCAUCCACCAAUAUGAACUUCCUUGAUGGAAUUACUUCCAGCAAUGGAACAUAUAGACCCAUAUUAAGAAUCCUUUACUUCUCAUUGAAUGUGAUCAAGAACCAUCCCUCUGCAUUAGUGGAGAAGUUUAGUGUGUUGAAGAAUGUUUUUGAACUCGCUAUAACCAAGGCUGCGCGAGCUAUAUUGGUGGAAUUACAGAAUGAAGCUUAUCUUUUCAAGUCUAAGAAAGAUCAUAAGUUCAAAAAUAUGGAUAAGAAGCUUGAUGAUUUGCAAUUGAUAUUGAGUAUUUUAAAGAUCUUCAUGGGCAUUAAUUUACCUGAAAGCUCUCAUAUGGAUAUUGCCAAUGCCAUAGAGUCAAACGAUACUGUUGCGUCAUUACUAUCACUUUAUUCAUUUUCAAAUCUAAUUGAGGUCAAUGAAGAACACAUUUUUGCUCAAGUAUCUUUAAUGUUCAUCCAAGAGUUUAUGACCAUUGAUAUCAUAGCACGUAAGUUUGUUGCUAGUGGAUUAUACUAUGUUUUAGCCGAAAGUCCCAUAUCUUCCUUCAUUAAAGAAGGUGGGUUGAGUGUUUCACAUUUACCGGAAUAUCAUAAGCUUUGGUUGAAUGGACUAUUACCUAUUUUCUUGACUACUCUCAAUCAACUUGGACCAGAAAGUAUACCUGAAGUAUGUUUGGGUAUCCGCAUAUUCUAUAAGCAGGUGGUGACAUGCAUUGAGGCCUGGUUCCGAGAUUCUUCUUCAUUCACUUUGAGUACGGCUUUUGUGGCUGAAACUACGUUGAUCUUACUCCUCAACAAAACACUACUGACAUUUACUACCACUGAGGGGCUCAUCUUGCCAUCUACGGUGGUUGAACUUGGAGAUGUGAUUCCAGUAUUGAAUACUUAUGAAAAACAGAAUGACUUUGCAGAUGCCAUCAAUAACCUUUUGAAACAUCCCAAGUUCUUGAGACUGAGAGUUGUUCCUAGUACCAUCGAAGAGAAGAAGUUGAUAGCCAAUAAGGAUGGAGCAUUUGCUGCUUUUGCUGAACGGUUAUUAGCAGAUGUCCGUGAACUUAAAGACUAUUUGGGAUGA